AUGGCUUCUAUAAUAACAGGGUGUUGCGAAACUCUACGAAAUGUAGCUGGUUGCGGAGAUCAAACUAUACUGAAAUUAUGCUUCGACAAACUGAUCAAAGAAAAGCUCAGUAUUCAUGAUCAAGGUGAAAUCUUGUCUGCAUUAUCUAACGUGAAACUCGAUGUUUUCGGACGCGAACUAUUUUCGACGUUUCAAGAUACAUAUACCGAUCUAUUACAAAAAUGGAACAAAGGUGAAACUCUUAGUAAUCUAGAAUCAUCUAUUUUUAAACAAAUCGGGGCAUUAUUUACGAAGUUGGCCGAUGAAGUGACCGCUAUUGAAGUAUUGCAACGAGUUUUGUUAAAUAAACCAUUGAUCGAAUCUAUGGAAAUAUGUAUGCAAAACGUUGAAUAUUUUUUACAAGAUGUAAAUUUAACAGCUGUGAGCUGUAUGCUUCACGCAUUGAGAAAAAUACAAGAUAGUCGAACAGAAAUACAAGAUGAUCCUUCGCUACUGCGGUUAUCAGAUCCAAUCUUGAAUUGUAUUUGUUCAUCCUAUUAUUAUUAG